UAAUGAUAAAUUUGAUGAACAAUUUAUUGAUUCAGAAAAAGAGAUCAAACAGCAAUUUUUAGAAGCUGACAAAUCAAUCAAAGAAUUACCAAUUACCUCACAAAAACAUGAUAAUGUGAUGUAUACUUCCAAACUUAUCGAUACAAAAGAAAUCGUUUCAAUGGUUGAAAAUUUUGGGAUUAAUUGA